GGGUCUGCCUCAGGAAGAGGGAUAAAGCAAGGCUGGAGCUUCCUUCUGGCGAUCCCAUGGUUUGACGCUGCGGCAGGAGCUCCAAACGUCCCCAUCGUAUUGGCGGUCAUUUACAGCGGGCGAUCUGCGUGCAGCACGCACGGAUGGGACCCCUGCCUACGCCUGUAACCGCCACUAUUGCUGCUCUGUGAGCCUGCGACCCGAAAGUGACCCCAUAAAGCGCACUCGCGCGGGAUCGAUAAAUGCGACAGGGCCCAGGAACCUGCUGCUCCACCUUCCCGGGGCGCAAACAACCCAUCCUCGACAGCUGUUUCCUGACCCUUAUUCAUUAUUGUGGUUCUCCUCUCCACGUCACCCUCCCCAUGGCCAUGUCCUGAGUCCUCUGCCCUCGCUCUGUUUUCCCCACGUCUUCCGCAACCUCCGCCAUGCUUGCUCCCAGCAGGAAACGCCCGCUGCCGCUGCUGGUCGCCCUCACCUUCGUGGUCCUGGUCUUCUUCUACCAUCGAGACGCCGACCGCAUAUACCAGCAAUGGGCGACGUCGCUCGAAGCGCAGCACGUAAAGCUGCCCGCCAACCGGACGCUGGGCUUCGGUGCCGUGGUCGUCGUAUCCAAGGAUGGCUCUGAGCGGCGCCACUCGCUUGUGCAGGCCGCCAAUGUCACCGACAUCGACCUCACGAUCCCUAAGCAGCCCGUGUGGACAGAGGGCGACGUGCAAAGGUUUGCAAAUGGUCAAGAGAAGUUCCAGAGAGGCUCGCUUCUGGCCUGGCUGGGACACCUGAAUGCGCUGCAAUGGUUCCUAGAUUCCGGCCUCGAGACUGCACUUAUCCUCGAAGACGACGUAGACUGGGACGUUCGCCUGCGCAGCGUACAGGUCCCACUCGCCGCGAGCGCUGCGCGCACCGUUGUGCCGCCCAAGCGAUCAUACAACCCAUUCACGAAAUUGGAUGGAAACCACAUGCAAUAUUGGGGCAACCAUGAACAAUGGGACCUCCUGUAUCUCGGGCAUUGCGGAGACUACUUCAACGAGGUCACAUACGAUGGGCUGGUGCCUACGGAUAAGCCGUUCAACCUGAGCGACCUCGCACACGUAGUGUACAAGGACCCUACUCUGCCGGUUCGAGCAGACCUGCACCCUUUUACACAGGCCCUCUUCGGCGCGCUUCAGAUGCCGGCGCAUUCACGAGCUUUGCACCGCUCCAAGUUCCCACUAUGCUCAUUCGGAUAUGCCGUUUCACGCACAGCAGCAGAACGUCUCCUAACCGAUCUUGCACCGCCGAAGCUGAAAGCAAAAGGGCCCCGAGCAUUUGAUGUCGCUCUCCUUCACGCCUGCGGCGCGGGCUCAAAGACUCCAUCACCCACCCCCUGGAGGAAUCCAAACCCACAUCCAGAUCCAAAUCUCAGGCACAAGUACGCAAGUCGCGGACUGCGGUGCUGGACUCUAAACUCAGAGCUUUUCCACCACAUGCCCGGCGACAGCCAGAUUGCCCAAAUAGGACAAGCCAUGGGCGAAAACCACGGUAUUCCGCCAGUCGACCUGGCUGGCCAAACGCAAGUCGUCUACCGCAACGAGACAACCAACAUCGGCUGCGGCUUCUGGAGCGGCGCGUUCGCGUUUGAAGACGGCGACACAAAGCGAUUGAAGUUCCUGCAGGAAGAGGUGGGACGAAAGGGGAGAUGCCUUAAAGACGGCAGAGAUACUCUUUGACGCUCCGUACACAGAUCCACGCGAGCAAGAGCGUGGAGUUGGGGUCCUUUCUGUUGUAUAUUUUCCUCCCUGAUCCGGUAUAUAUAAACCUCCUAUUCUAGCAUAUCUACGGCGUCUAUACAGUUGUUUCGAGGGUUAAGGGCUUGGAUUCUCAUUGGGUUAUGGGGUUUUGUUUGAUACCAAGGCAGGAUGCAGCGAGUCUGCAGGGAAGGAGCAAUCGCGGAGUUUUAUUGUUGGAUUCAUAUAUAGCAACGAUACCUACGGCAGGAUCAGAAUUCACGAUAUUUCU